GACCCGCACGAAAAUUUGAAUUUGACGAUUGACCGAUUGUCAAAGACGCAAACACACACACAAACACACAGUCCAGAUCUACGAGACGGCUGAUAAUUAUUAUUUCUUCCAACUGCAAGAACCCUCGAAACCACACGGGGGCCAACACACAUAUAAAUUACACAUUGCAAUUCAUACCCAUCUCAUCUCCUGAUUAUCACAAAACCCUGUUUUCCGAUUUGGGGGGGAUUCAUGUCGCACGAGAACAUUGUUAAAGAAGCCUUGAACGCUCUUUAUCAUCAUCCAGACGACGCCGUUCGAUCUCAAGCCGAUCAAUGGCUUCAAAAGUUCCAACGCACCAUCGAUGCUUGGCAGGUUUCUGAUAAUCUGCUUCAUGAUGCAAGUAGCAACGUAGAGACUCUAAUUUUUUGCUCACAAACUCUCAGAAGUAAGGUGCAACGAGAUUUUGAAGAAUUGCCUUCUGAAGCAUUUCGUCCACUACGCGAUUCGUUAAACAACCUAUUGAAAACAUUUCACAAGGGCCCACCUAAAGUUAGGACACAGAUUAGUCUUGCUGUUGCUGCUUUGGCUGUUCAAGUUCCCGCUGACGAUUGGGGAGACGGUGGCAUAAUGAAUUGGCUUCGAGAUGAAAUGAAUUCACAUCCCGAUAUUGUUCCGAGUUUCUUAGAGCUGCUCAGAGUCUUACCGGAGGAAGUUUUUAAUUACAAGAUAGCCGCGCGUCCUGAUAGACGCCGGAAAUUCGAAGAUGAACUUGUUUCUACGAUGGAUGUUGCUCUUGGUAUAUUGACUGCAUGCUUAAAUAUUCCAGAACUAAAAGAACAAGCUCUUGAGGCUUUUGCAUCUUGGCUUCGGCUAAGACAUAGGAUCCCUGCAUCUGUUCUUGCUACGCACGCAUUGGUGCUAACAGCUCUCUCUAGCUUAACUUCUGAUGUGCUUUCAGAGGCAGCUGUGAAUGUCAUUUCUGAAUUAAUACAUUACACGUCAGCAAGAAAUUCGGAUGGGUUUGCUGUUCAGAUGCCGUUAAUUCAAGUUAUUGUGCCUCAAGUUAUGAGUCUGAAGCCACAACUUAGAGAUUCUUCAAAGGAUGAGGAAGAUGUUAAGGCGAUUGCUCGGUUAUUUGCUGAUAUGGGCGAUUCCUACGUCGAACUGAUUGCAACCGGUUCAGACGAAUCGAUGAUGAUUGUUCAUGCGUUGCUUGAGGUUGCUGCACAUCCAGAAUACGAUAUUGCUUCCAUGACAUUUAAUUUCUGGCACAAUCUUCAAAUUUGCUUGAUAGAAAGAGAAUCAUAUGCAUCACAUGGCAAUGAAUCAUUAAUUGAAGCCGAGAGAAAUAGACGGGUGCAGGUUUUCCGUUCGUCAUAUGAAACACUUGUAUCACUGGUUAGUUGCAGAGUUCAGCAUCCUCAAGAUUACUCGGAACUUUCAAAAGAGGACCAAAAGGAUUUCAAACAGACAAGAUAUGCUGUUGCGGAUGUUUUAAUUGAUGCUGCAUUGGUUCUAGGAGGUGAAACAACACUCAAAAUUCUAUACAUGAAGCUUGUUGAGGCUCUAAGUGGGCCCCAAAAUGCUGAUAUGAUGGAUUGGCGACCAUCAGAGGCUCAACUAUAUUGCAUCAGGGCCAUUUCGGAUCUUGUUCCUAUCACCGAGUCAGAAGUUAUGCCCCAGAUUAUGUCGGUGCUACCUAAACUUCCUCAUCAAUCAUUACUACUUCAGACAGUUUGCUUGACUGUUGGAGCUUAUUCUAAAUGGCUUGAUGCUGCACCAACUGGACUGUCGUUUUUGCCUUCGGUUAUCGAUAUUCUUGUUCGUGGUAUGAGUAUGUCCGAGGAUUCUGCAGCAGCUGCGGCCUUGGCUUUCCGGCACAUCUGCGAUGACUGUGGGAAAAAACUCCGAGGAUCUUUAGACGGGCUUUUUCAAAUAUAUCAAACGGCAAUGACUGGGGAAGGUUCGUUUAAAGUAGCAGCUCAAGAUUCGUUGCAUCUGGUCGAAGCCUUAAGUAUAGUUAUCACCGAGCUUCCUCCUGACCAGGCUAAGAAAGCCCUCGAGGCACUUUGCAUACCCGUUGUUGCACCUUUACAGGAAGUGAUUAAUCAGGGGCCUCUGGUAUUGGGUCAAAAACCAGCACGUGAAAUCACAGUUCAUAUCGACCGACUUGCAAAUAUAUUUAGAUAUGUAGAUAAUCCGGAAGCCGUUGCGGAUGCAAUUCAAAGACUUUGGCCACUUUUCAAAGCCAUCUUUGAUAUUCGUGCUUGGGACAUGCGGACAAUGGAAUCAUUAUGUCGGGCGUGUAAACAUGCCGUGAGAACAUCUAAAAGGUUUAUGGGAGUUACAAUUGGAGCAAUGCUUGAAGAGAUACAAGGGUUGUAUAAACAACACCAUCAACCGUGUUUCUUAUAUCUCUCUAGUGAAGUUAUAAAGAUAUUUGGAUCUGAUCCUUCUUGUGCUGACUACUUAAAAGUGUUGAUCGAAUCUCUAUUUAGCAAUACCGCAUGUUUGCUUACAAAAAUCCAGGACUUCACUUCCCGGCCAGAUAUAGCAGACGAUUGUUUUUUGCUGGCGUCAAGAUGCAUUCGGUAUUGCCCACAUUUGCUAUUCCCAUCUCCUGUAUUCCCGUCAUUGGUGGAGUGCUCCAUGAUUGGCAUCACAGUGCAGCACAGGGAGGCAUCAAAUUCUAUACUAAGUUUCUUGUCCGACAUAUUCGAUUUGGGAAAAUCGAGCCAAGGACAACAAUUUAUUUCAAUAAGGGAUAGUGUUAUUGUGCCUCGAGGUGCGAGCCUUACUAGGAUAUUAAUCGCUGCCGCAACCGGGGCUCUUCCAAGUUCAAGAUUAGAAACCGUGGCGUAUGCCCUGCUGGCACAAUCACGAGCGUAUGGGGUUAAAGCUCUAGAGUGGGCUAAGGAAGGCGUGUCUUUGAUUCCUGUUACUGCGGCAACAGACAUGGAAAAAUCAAGAUUUUUGCAGGCGUUAUCGGAUGCAGCGUCGGGUGUAGAUAUCAAAGGUCUGACAAAUCCAAUUGAAGAGCUUUCGGAAGUUUGUAGACGAAAUCGUACGGUUCAAGAGAUCGUUCAAGAAGCGUUGAGGCCACUUGAGUUGAAUUUGGUCUAUGUAUCAUAGAGUUAUAUCAUUGGGGAAAAAGGUCAUUUUUUAUGCCUAAUCUUCUCUUUGUGGAUGGAUUACUACAUUUUUUUUCUGGGCUUAUAGGGAUGGUGGUGUGGUGUAUAAUUGUUGUAGUUGUUUUCUUUAAAAAUUUUGGUUGGGGUUUUAUACUUUUGGUUUGCUUAUGUAUACCAUCCCUUUUCCGAUUUUAUGAUAAUGAACCCCCCAUAUAUGUUUUUGAGUGUCA